AUGAGAACGCUCCCAAUUCUUCUCUUCGUGGUUAUUGGUGCCGUCUACUGCUAUCCAUAUCAGAAUGGCAACGUCGCUUCGAACUCUAACUUGGCUGAAAUGGAAGGAGUUGAUGUGUUGGAAAAAGUGAAGAGAGCUAGCGAUCAGAAAUUAGAGAGACAUUUGGAGAAAAUUAUGAAGAAAGUGGAAAAAAUUCAAGACAAGAUUGAGGAAAACAAGAAUAAAAGGGAGAGACACUUCCACUCAAAAAUGCGGACGUUACCCAUACUUCUUCUGGUCAUAAUUGGCGCUACUUACUGUUAUCCAUACGCCAAAAACGAGGAAAUUGGACAAAUUGCUGAACAAGAUGCUGAAGAAACGGAAUUGGUAGAAGUGGAUCGAGUCAAAAGAGACAGUGAUGGUUUGGCGAAAACAGUUGAAAAGAUUAUCGAGAAAGUAGAAGAAAUGAAGGACAAAAUCAAGGAGCACAGAGAAAUGAGACAUGGAAGACAUGGACGAAAGAACAAGAAGAGUGGAUCGGAUUCGGAUUCUUCGGAUUCGUCGGAGGAGAAGAAGAAGAGAAAGAAGAACAGAGACAAGAAGAAGGAAGAGGAAGAGAAGAAGGAGGAGGAAGAGGAAGAGAAGGAUGAUGACGACGACAAAGAGGACGAGGAUGAAAAGAAGAAGGAUAAGAAGAAGAACUGA